AUGAGCCCAAAAGAUAUAAAGCCAGUGGGUCUGGGGAUCGCUCUACCCAUACAAGACGGUAAGAUGGACUGGACUGAUCCCAGCUCCGGCUACAACUUCAUCCAAGGUGACUUUUUGGAGGUGUCAAACACCAUCGCCCCCGAUGCCAUCGGUCGCGGUGCACUUGACAUCACAGCUAUUCCGACUGAGAACGAUCUUACUGUUAAGCUGUUUGACGAGUUUUGCCAUGACGACAUGUACGAAUCGGCGAUUGAUUCCGCUUCGCACAACUCCGUCAACUCAACCUCGAAUCCAACAUUUGGGUCCCCCUCGUUGGCGCCGAUUGAUUCAGCCCCCCAUUCAGCCAACGUUACGCCUCAGAGCGUAUUGGCUCAGCAUGGACUGAUGGGUGCUCCGGCUGUUCCUGAGCAGCAGCAGUCAAACGUGCACAUCCAGCAACAAUACCAGACCCAGGUCCAUACUGAGGAUCACCAGCCCCAGCAAGAGCAGGCCCAGACUCCGUCCUUGGCUCACCCUCAGCGGCAACCCCAUUUCCAGAACCUGCAAAGUCAGCUAGAUCAUGAACAGCAGACCCAGCAUCAAUCUGACGCCGAGCACCAAACCCACCACCAGCAAACCCACCACCAGCAAACCCACCACCAACAGCAGCUUCAAGUCGAGUUGGAGAAUCAGACUACGAAUGAGCCUCCGGUUGGUCACUAUGCUCAGCAACUGUACUCUGCGGACCAUCAACUGCAGCUUCAGGCUCACCCGUCUGGGCAUGCUGCUGUCCAGUCUCAGCUGCAAGUUCGCCCCCAGACUUCUCUGUUUCCCAACCAUGAUCAUGCUGAGUUUGUUCAAUCCCGGUCUCGGGCUCAGCUUCAAGAUUCUCAGCUGGUUCAUCUUCAGCGACCAGGCCAGACUCAGUUUCAUCAUCAUCCCACUGCUCAGUCUCAUAUUCAAACUCAGAAUCACUUGAACCACGGCGAUCCUCCUCAGACAAUGUCUGGUCAGAUUCAUUUUGAUCGCCAGACUCAGUUGAAACUGGAGUUCGAGCCACAUCCACAUCCUCCUGUUCAGUCUCAUUCUGGAGUUGGCAUGCAAUCUCAUGCUGAGACUUUUCAAAAUGGUGCUGCUCAACCUCAACCGAGUGCUCUGCAGACUGGCUCUGCGCAGCCUUCUCAGGCUCAGAACCAACAUCCUUCUGCCGUAUCGGCGCAGUCGACACCCGAAACUGUCCCCUCGCCCUGUCUGAACUCUCCGCCCGUGCAUGCAAAUGAUACCUCUCCUGGAACCGUUUCUGCCGGAAAGCAGUCUACCACUCCUCAGUUCCCUGCUCAGUAUAGCCAGAGUCUUGAUCAGAGUAGUAGUGAGUCUCAGCUGCAACGGCAGCAACUGGUUGUCCAGAAUUCGUCUCUCAUUUACAACCAGCAGCUUCUGAACUCACCAUUCCAAGUUCCCCAACAAGCACAAUUCCAACCCCAGCUCGGAGAACCGUCGCAGGAGCUGACCAUGGCUCAGUUUCCUGCUCAACAAGUGAUGUCUCCGGUAACUCGCACGCUUCAGUUUCACGUGGGUGCUGCUCCUUCUAACGCGACUCUGUCUAACCAACCAUCACCUAACCAGUUCCAGAUGAUUGUCGCUCCGGCAGCUCCCAUCGGCUUUUCCUCUCGUCCUUGGAGAACAGACCCGUUUCAACGAUGGUAUUCUGCACGGAUCCAGAUGCCGUUGGAACCUGAGACGGCAGAGGAUGUGAACAUCUGCAACCGGCUUGAGCGAGCGGUUGCCAAGGUCAAGAUCUGCGAGGACCUGCAGUACUCGACCGUCAGGGCGUGGGAUAUCAACCAACCUCUGACGCUCGGACAGUACGACGCCAUGAACAAGUGUGAAGGUGAAAUCGUCGAGUUGUCACACCAUCGACUUGACGAGCGAGAGCAGCGAGAGAAGGAUGAUGAGAAGCUGGCUCUGGAGUGUUCCAGGAACGAGUUACUGGCUCUGCAUCUUCGAAACCAACUGAUGCAGUUCAAACUCAUGUUUCAUGGCCACCCUCAUUUCCACGCGCUCCGAGUGUGUAACGAAACCUGUCUUACGCGAUACCCUGCAUAUCCCCCUCCUGCCAAUGCUGUGGUUGGAGUAGCUGGAAGUAAUGCUUCGACCGACAAUAUGAAGCUGUCACCGCCAACACUCCUAGAACCGCUCUCACCACAGGAGCUGCGGCGGCUAGAACAGCUCGAGGAAGAAAACGAAAACGACUACUCCAACUUUCCUUGGGCCCAUAGAUUGGUGAGCUUGACACAGCUUGAGCGAUGGAAGCAACGAACGCACAUUGUCGGUGAGCUCUUCUACUCGUCCCGACCAAUACACGCGAGGCAGAUACGCAACAUUGUCAGGUUUCUGGAAGAUGACUUUAUGCACAUCAAGGUGACCUCUCUUCGCGCCCGCGAGGUACUCCGGGAGCACUUCAAGAACCCCUACGUCACUCUGUUUGACCACCUCCAGCGUCAGAGGGUACCUGAACAGAGGAAUCCCCACAUCUACCAGUACGUUGAGUCGAUCAUGGACAAUGUCUACCUGUCGGCCUACUACCGAGUGGAGGCUAAGAAGGGCACACGGAAGCUGGAUGGCCCAGGAGGCGAAUACAUUCCAGACGAGAAGGAUAUUGGAGAGCGGUACUGUGGGAUAUGUGACAAGUGGUUCAAGACGCGAAACCACAAUUGGGCGUCCCAUAUGACAUCUACUCACGGUGUCUGCUCUGCAACCAAGUCCAUCUACCCUUUCCCUCUAGCUGUCAUUCUCGGCAUACCUUCUACGACCCAGAAGGAGGAUGGGCUUGUGGUCCACCAGAACAUCAUCUUCGAGACUAACUCCGACGGCGAUCUUCAGAUCCAGAACGAAUCCCAGCCACGUCACCAUCUGCUGCCCGACAAGGACAUCAAGCUCAGUGGUCUGUGUCCCAUUUGCUGCCACUAUGUUCCGCUCUAUUGCAAGCGAGGUGCCACUGUCUGGACCACCUGGUUCCGACACCAGGACAAGCAUAUCCGGGAGUUCAACCAGGAACGAAACGGAGGUGUGGCUGUCAACCACAACAAUCCACGAAACAACAAGACACGAAAAGAGCAGAUUUGCAAGGAGCGGAUGCAGGCCUGGAGACAGCAACAGGAGGAACGGAUGAGCAAGCGACUCAAAAACGACGAUAUGGCGUUCCUGGAGGAGGGUGUGGUUGUCGAUAAUGUUCAAAAUGGCAGCUGGCUCAAUGAGGAGUUUGCCAUGACCCAGGCCGAGGUCACGUUGACGUACCAGAUGGGGUAUCAGGAGUCUGAGCCCGGUAUUGGGAGUGGCAUUCAGGACUUUUUUUAA